CAGGCGCAUCGGCAGAGCCCUGCGAGGAGCACAGCCGAGGUACGCCAGCUGUCUGUCCACUGCAGAGAUGGUGCAAGCGAUUCCCUUCCUCCUGGUGCUCAGCCUGGCCCUGGUGGCUCCCGGUCACUCUGCAAGAAAGUGCGUGCUGACCGGGAAAUGGGUCAACGAUCUGGGCUCCAACAUGACCAUCGGGGCUUUGAACGGAAAAGGCGAAUUCGCUGGCUCCUACCACACCGCCGUGACAGCCACCAUGAAUGAGAUCCAGGUGUCACCGCUGCAGGGGUCCCAGCACAACACAAACCAGAAGAGCCAGCCCACCUUCGGCUUCACUGUAAACUGGAGCUUUUCAGACUCCGUCACUGUGUUCACGGGCCAGUGCUUCGUGGAUGAUGAGGGAAAGGAGGUUUUGAAGACCAUGUGGCUCCUGAGGUCUCAUGUGGACAAAAUCAGUGAUGAUUGGAAAGCCACUAGAGUCGGCAUCAACACCUUCACCCGUCUGCGCUCCCGGAAGGAGUGAGGGUGACGGCGUGGGGGUUCCCGGGCCGGAGGCACCCCCAGGUGUGCAGCCCCUGCUCCCACCACACUCCCUGCUUCUCCCAAUAAAGUUUUCCUGCAAACACC